AUGAAGUACACCACUGCUCUUGCCUCCCUCUUCGCUGCCGCCAUGGCAGCUCCUACCGCUGUUCAGCCUGUUGCUAGGCAAGCAGACACCAGCGCCUACUUCACCGUCAUCUCUCAACGCAGCGCCUCUCCCAUCCACUUCCAGAACUUGAACGCCCGCGGCGGAUUCUUCUACCUUGGUGGAAAGGGAGGACCAUCUUCCUACUGCCCUUCAGAAGUCAUUGGUGCUGAGAAUUGCCCACCAGGCAACACGACCACAUUUGCUGGUGGCAACAACACUCUCAGCCUCGGCGUUGUUGUUCCCGGUGGCCAGCAGGUCUACGUCGGCCCUGACGGUUCCCUGAGCUACACCACCGCUCACUCUGCCUACAUCCCCGAUGGCUCGACCGUCACCGGCUUCAGCCGCACCCCAGCUCCCAACAGCGACGAGUUUGGCUACCUGAACUGGGACUGCGGCUUCCUUGCCUGCCCUGGCUCCGAGGAUGAUGGAUGGAAGGUCUACGGCAAGCUCGACAACGUCACCUUCAGCGACGAGUGCCUCUCAUUCAGCGCCAUUGCCGCUCCCGUCGAUGCCCCUGGCGCCUGGCAAUACUAG